UCAAACGCCAACUGCAUCCUCACCUUAAUCACCUACCCUCCAUUUCACUAAUCUGUCUCUUAAUCACUUACUCAGUUAAACUAAUCACUCAAUCACCUUGGCUAAGCUCAAGGAAAGAAGGACAUACAGACACACACACUAUACUCGUUUUCUUCUCGUAUACAAAAACCUCAAUCUCCACAAAUUCAACACUUUUUUCUUUCUUCUCUCUCACUUCUCCGUAGAUCUACUUUCUCUCUCUCUCUCUGAGAAAUGUGUGGGGUCUCGCUUCUGGCGUUUCUGCUUCUGCUAUCCCUCUGCGCCGAAGCUUCUGUUCACGACUACAGAGGGGAGAAAUUCGCCGCCAAAGGUAACGCCUUUGUCGUCCAUGGAGGCAGCGAAGGAAUUUACGCUUCUGCCCCCAACCUCACCGACGCUUAUCCACCGCCAAAUCCCGACUCUUACAUACGGUUUGAAAGGAUUACAUUUAGGAGAAACAAGGACUUUUCUAACUUUAGCUCAUGGCCUAUUCAAGCUGUUAUUUUUGAAGUAGAAGAUAGAGAGACAAUUGGUGGUUCAGCUUAUGGUGGUCAAAGGGCUGUCUGCUGCACCGGUGAUCUAGCAAAACUAGGUGUGUGCACUGAAGGACAGGUCAUUUACCGCCCUUCUGUGGAGAAUCCCGAUUGGCCUCAAGUUUUUGGUGUCUCUUUUGAAAUGGAUGAUGAAGUGGCAGUGCUGCCAUUGAAAUCUAUACAGAUCACAAAAACUGGGAUGUAUAACUUGUAUUUCAUCCAUUGCGAUACGAGGCUUAAAGGAUUGAUUGUUGAAGGGAAAACUGUAUGGAAAAAUCCCUCCAGUUAUCUACCUGGUAGAAUGGCGCCUAUGAAAGUUUUCUACCAAUUCAUGUCUUUUGCAUAUGUACUGCUUGGGAUCUUUUGGUUCUCUCAGUAUGCUAGAUUUUGGAAGGAAGUAUUUCCCCUGCAGAACUGCAUUACCGCAGUGAUAACCCUAGGCAUGUUUGAGAUGGCUCUGUGGUACUUUGACUAUGCUGAAUUCAGUCAGACUGGAAUCAGGCCAACUGGGACAACCAUAUGGGCAGUUACCUUUGGGACUGUUAAGCGGACAGUGGCUCGUUUGGUUAUUUUAAUGGUUUCAAUGGGCUAUGGUGUUGUGAGACCUACCCUUGGAGGGCUCACAUCAAAGGUGGUUAUGCUUGGAGGAACCUUCUUUAUUGCAUCUGAAGUUCUUGAAUUGGUAGAAAAUGUUGGUGCAGUAAGUGAUCUUUCUGGAAAGGCAAAACUGUUAUUGGUUCUUCCUGCUGCAGUAUUGGAUGUGUUCUUCAUUCUUUGGAUUUUCACUUCCCUCUCUGCAACUUUAACUAAGCUUCAGACCAGAAGGAUGAUGAUAAAAUUGGAUAUUUACAGGAAGUUCACUAAUGCUUUGGCAGCAGCUGUGCUCGUAUCUGUGGGCUGGAUAUGUUAUGAGCUUUAUUUCAAAUCAAAUGAUGUAUACAACGAGCAGUGGCAGAAUGCAUGGAUCAUCCCAGCCUUUUGGCAAGUUUUGUCUUACUCUCUCCUGUUUGUUAUCUGCAUUCUUUGGGCACCAUCUCAAAGUGCAACACGAUAUGCUUACCGUGAUGAUGGGAACGAUGAGUUUGAUAGGGAUGAGACUACUUUAACACUCAUAAAACCAUCACCCAUUUCUUCAAAAGAUGUUCGAAGUGUGCCAGAUGCUAGAUCAGUUCAAAGCAGUAACGGGAAUUCAAAUGAUGUUUUAGAAGAAGACAAGAGAGAAUAAACUAGGACGAAGCUCUGAUUCUAUGCUUCCAUUGUAUCCCUCCUGAAAGCUCCAUGACUCUUUUCCUUUUAUUCUUUUAUUUCCUUCAUUAGUCUUUACUCUCACUUGAUCCUUUGUCACCAAAUUGUUCCUUACGAGAUUGGAUUGCAUGAUAGAGUUCUUUGUUUCUGUGAUGCCAAUGCACAAGAUAUAAUUUGGUCACUUUUUACUAAUACAAAGGAACUUUUCUUCAGUUAUGCAAAUGUUAUGUGCAUUAUCCAUGUGCAUGCAUGCAUACAUGUGGGAGCACUUACAAGAACUUUUUCAUUUUUAA